AUGGCUUUGUUUGGUACUAAUAUUACAAAAAUUGCAACUCAAACUCUACAAGGUUGGCGUGGUUUGAUCAAACCUUACAUAUUCACAACAAUCGCAAUCGGCACAAGUGUAACAACCGGUGAUUUGAUAUGUCAAUAUUUAGAAAGUCAUAAAAAGAGUCCAACGGGUGAGACUAUUGCACCGUCGUCAUCUUCUUUGCUAUCAUGGUGGAAUCGUGAACGGUCUCGGAUCAUGUGUACGACAGCUGUUCUCGUAUCAACACCCUGGUCCUUCACACUCGCAAGAAUAGUUGAGCGAUUGUUUCCAGGUAAACAAGGUAUUCAGAUUGCAAAGAAGAUGUUGACCAAUACAUUACUUGCACCUCUCAAUAUAAGUAUCGUCUUCGCAUGUAUUAUCCUUCUGCAGGGUCACAAUCUUCGUAUAGCUAGAAGAAAAAUUAAACAUGAUAUGCCAAAAACGUUUGUAGCUGGAACAUGUUAUUGGCCAUUCGUUUCAUUUAUUAACUUUCGUUUUAUACCAUUGAAUUAUCGACCGAUUGUUGGAAGUCUAGCUGGAGCUAUAUGGAACAUUUAUAUCUCGUCAGCUGCUAAUAAUCCAAAAUUAAAUCCAGAUGGUACUAUAAAAGCGAAAGCAGGAAUAGAAACAACUUUAUUGGCUGAAACAAGUGGAACGACAGUGCCAGCAUUACAAGAAGUAUGGAAGACAUUAGACAAUAAUAAUAAAAACUCUGCAGUUCGUUGA